AUGAUCUCACUAACUAGCGGUGUCUACUAUGAGCAGCUGACAGCAGAAGCCGCCAACACCAAGGACGUGGUCCAGCUAGCGCCCAUACAGACCAACAGAAGCCGGAUGUCCUGUGGCUGGAGCUGUGACCGGCACGAGAACUGCACCAUGUUCCUCUACAGCGCCCCCAGCAGAAAGUGCGCCCUCUAUGGGAUGGACUACCCUCGCACCCCGUACCCAGUCAGGGCAGCCGUGACGAGCCAGUGGCAGAUAUUUUACAUCAAGACCAGCUGCAGGUUCUCGUACGUCAAACGGUUCAACAAGUGCGUCAUGUACAACAGCAGCCUAACCCUCAGGGACAACCUGGUGAUGACGUGUAGAUCUGUGGGGGGUCGUCUGACGGAGUUCUCCUCCCUGGAUGAGCUCAACUUUUUCAGCGCUUUUUUCCUGGCCAGGGAUGGCAGUGCUGGCGUCGCUUACUGGAUGGGUGCCAUCAUCACCAACAAGUUAAAUCGGGUGUUCUCCUGGAUGAGCAACUUGUCCAGUGUGGUCAGCCCCGGCUACUGGGCGUCCGGACAACCAGACCAGUCCCCCGGGCCGAACGAGAACUGCACGGAGAUCAAGUCCGAAUUCCGGUUCCUUUUCAACGACGUGGCGUGUGAUCAGCUGAGAUCUGGAUUUUGUGAGGUCAUACUACCUGUCUCCCCUUUUGGGAGGUUCGAUUCUAAUGACAACACGGCGGAAGCGGAUGAAGAAAUCGAGGUGCUAGAAGGCCCUGAGGUUGAAAUCGUAGGUUCGUGCGAAUCCAGCGAAGACGACGAAGGAUUUGACUUAGAUAUGGAAUCUAACAAAAGUGAAACAGAAACAAUGGAAAGCGAAGAGGAACAUAAUGCAAAACAUGAAUUAUCUAAACAUGUUUCGCAUACUAAUUUAGCUACAGAGCCUGACAAUAAAUAUUAUGAAGUUGAAGCUAUUAUCGCCGGUCCAGUAAAACGCAAGGAGCAUCUCUUUAAACUUUGCUACAAAGUGAGGUGGAAAGGUUAUGGGCCAGAAGCUGACACUUGGCAACCUUUAGCUGAUUUAGCUAAUGUGCAGGACAUGAUUGAUGAUUUUAGAAAAUCAAAGGCUGAAAAAAAGGGCAAGAGAAAACAGCCGAAACAGCCAAAAGAAAGCGGUUCAAAGCCUGUGACAUCAGAAAACAACAGCAGGAGUCAGACGCCGUUGCCAGCCACCUCUAAUUCAGACAAGGAUGAUGACUCACAGCAGUAUGACCCUGAGUAUGGCACAGUGAAAGACAAAUUUUGGAAAGACCUGGAGCUGGGGCGUGUGGAUCAAUACACUGACCUCUUCUCUGGUGACAUGUACUCCAAAAUUAAAGGCUGUCAGCGAACUGCCCACGCUGAGGCUGUGGCUAAUAUACAUAAACAACAGUCCCAUGCUAAAGCCAGUGCUAUUCUACACUCUGCAAAAACUCCUUCACCAAAGACGGCUACACCAAAGGGUGCCAAAUCAAAAAGUCAGCAGUCUGCACUGCAUCCGACAGUAUCAAACUCUACUCCUUCUCUUUCCAAAACAACAGAUGAGGUUGUUGCCAGCAGAGGGCGCAAGCGUGCUAGUGAACCAUUUCGUUCUAAGGGCUAUAAAUCCAAACGCACCAGUGAACCUUUUAGCUCAAAGGGCUACAAAUGUAAACGGGCCAGAAGAUCCCAUGAGCGUAAGUCUGGUAUUGCGUCCCCAGAUGUCUGUUCUGUGACGUCAGAGACAGUGGGCAUGGUCACCACCACCAGCCCAAUCUUGACCCCGCCCGUGCUGACCACCAGCACAGCCCCAACUUUCACAACAGGCACUACUGGCUACACAACCAUAACAUACUCACCUAAUGGAUCCUCGCUCAAAUCCAGCUCACGAGCAGUCUACCAAUCAGAUGAGGAAGAUACAGACUGUGAGAAAACUCAAAUGACAGUCUCUUCAGAGACCAUGUUAACUAUCACAACAGAGACUGAGAUACUCAAUACUGGAGAUAUCAGCAGUUCAGAAAAAGGUAUACCAACAGAUGAACAUUGUCAGCUUUUUUCUACUGGUACAGUUAACGGAGGAGCUAGUGGCAGCGACUCUUUAGCUGGAUCUCCAUUUGAGGCCAGCGGUGCCACCUCUAGUGGCAGCGCACCAGGUCCAUCAGGGUUAAACAUGGACCCUAUGGUCAAAAGGUCAACGCUAGAUACUCGGUCUGAGGCUAGUGGGUCAAUUGAACGUUCACAUGACGAAGAAUGCUUAUGGGGUGGGGCCUGCAAUAGGUCAGACUGUAGAGCCAAUCGUAGGAGAAAUAUGAAAAACGGCAAGGACCAAACAAAGGGAGGGCAUGCACACGAGGAUGAGGAGUGCAUGUCUGAGGCAGAGGAGGCGGUACCUCACAGUGAGAGCUGUAGCAGUGUCACCAGCUCUGAUGACCCAGGCAGCUUGAGGCUAGAUAAGAGCCCCCCUGGUGAGGGUGGAGCCAUCUCUCCUCACGGUAAAAGGUCCAACCUCUACUCAGCUUCACCCCAGAGUGGCAGCAGAACACAUGCAUCCAUAAAGUCCUCACCCGUGCAGGUGGGCAAGUCCCAGCGCACCUUGUCCUCCUACAGCUCUGACUCUAGCUUUGAUGAAAUGUUAACUAGUAACGUGUCGUUGAAUAGAGAGAGUGUCAAGAAUUCAUUUGGUCGUGUGGAUCCUUUAGUUCAUAGGUUGCAAUUGGACAGCUUGGCUAGUUCUUCCAGCAGGCCUAGUGGUAUUCCACAGGAGGUAGACACGACACAUGUGAGUAGAAGAAACUAUGAAGGUUCAGAGAGACCAGGUUUAUUUAGUGAUAAUAACAGUGCUUUCAGUUUUGCAAGACAAGACUCUGGCUUUUCAGGGGGGUCGUCAACUCCAGGGGAACAGCAUAGCCAGUUUACCCUCCCCUCCCCUGCUGGCAGCAUUAAUCUUAGCUCCCCGGGGAAGGAGAACUUUAGGAGCUCCUCUUCAGAGAACAUUUCUACUGUAUCCAGUGGCAGCCAUGAGAGACUGGCCAACAUGAUGGAAGUUGACCAGGCUGACCCCCGCCAGGAUACGACGGCUUCAGCUACAUCUUUGUACACACAGACACGGGGCUUUGGUGACUCACAGGAGAUGUGGUCCAGGAAAAGAGGGAAUGAUGUCUCACUACCGCUGGAGAAGAUCCCGUCUCCAAACUCCAGAAGGGAUUCAGAUCUUGAUAGAAGAAUCAGCACACUGACCUGUGAUGAACUUGAGGAUCUUGUCGAGCAGGGUGAAGACCGCUUUGGCUCAAAGGACGUUGGAUUUGUAACCAAUGCUGAUCUCCUGCAAGCUGUCAACCUGAGCAAGGCUGAAGUUGUGAAGCGAGCCAUACGCCAGUCAUGUAACACAGAGCGCAGACUGGACUUUGAACAACCCGAUGGUACAGGCCUGACUCUGCUUAUGAGAGCUGUGCAGAAAGGAUCAGUUGCAAUAGUUGAAAUGUUGCUUGAGAAUGGAGCCAAUGUCAAUGCCCAGCAAACUAAUGGUAUCACAGCUUUAAUGAUUGCUGCUGAGCAGAAUGGUGUAUGUCUCCUGGCUUUAUUGUUAAAACAUGGAGCCAACAGCAGCCUUUACACAGUACAUUCUGACCAAGCUGAGACCGCUUUAAUGAAACCCUCCUAUUAUUUGUUUAAAAAGGCUAUCAAGAGACAGAAUAGAGAAGUGGUAAAUCUGAUGUUGCGUGUGGGUGUCAAUAUUGCUGCACCAACAUGUUCCAGUUCUUCUGCCCUGGAGCUGGCCAUAGAGAGGAGAAAUCCACAAAUUGAAGCUAUAGUUCGAUCUCAUUUUCAGAGGCUAGAGCAAGCCUUCCGUAGCCGAGUGAUGGCCACUCUAGAAGAAACAGCUGAGCUGAUGGAACCUUUGUUUCCACUUCAAUGUUUUCCUCUGAGAGAGUCGCAGGAAUUUGUUGUCAAAUUUAAUAGCAACAUUCAUCCAGUUGCUCAAGGUGAAGGUUUUCUGCUCUUCAUAGCACACACAAAGAUUAAUGAUAAAGGUGUGAGGUGUCGGUUCCAUGGCGGCUGCCCCAUAGGCUCUGUAACACUAAAUGGAGUUGUCCAGUCCCCGCUGACCAAGGAAGUGAACUUUGUGACCUCUUGUCAUCCAAUUAUACCUGGCUGUAACACAUUAGUCAUCCACAAACUGGAAGAUUACACUUCAAAAGCCAAGUUGGUGGUUCAAGCAUUUAGGGCGAAACUGUUGCCAGUCUGAAGUUGACAUGUCAUGAGGAUGUCAUAUGUCAUGUGCAUUUCACCUGUAAAUGCAAAGCCUGCUAUGUGAUUAGAUAAAGUGGUCAUACAGGGUUAAUGGGUGCCAAAAUGUGUGUUUUCUUACCAAAUGACAGUUCUUCAAGUGGUACACUCAUUAAAUGUGUCUUCUUACACCAAAUUUUCUAUAAGCUGAGUCAUAUGUCGAUUGAAUGUGGAGGGAGGGUGUGUCAACUUUGUUAUACUUUGUGAUUUAUAAAUAUUUUCAUUGCUUAGUUUAAACUGAGUAUAUUAAACUACACUCUUUGUAAAAUACACCAGCUCAAUAUUUGUUUAAAGAGAAAGAGAUAAUUUAUUAUUUAUUUAUACAUAUUUUACACGUGUUGUUUUCAUGUUCAAACUGGUGACUUGUUUUUUCUGUUUGACUUCUAGGUUAUAAGGGGGCUUUUUUUUUUUAAAUUGUAAUAAAGAAAAAUAGAGGAGUAUAUAUGUUAAUACCAACGUAAAAGAAUUUUUUGUCAAGGGACUAGUGUAUCUUUGUGUGAAAUAUUAGGUGUUUAACUAUGGUGUUGCUUUAUACUUGAAUAUUUAAAAGUAUGUUGGAAAAUGUAUUUAAUGUCAGCUUUCUAAAGGAAAUGUUUAUUGCUUUUGACCAAUUUGGUUGGAUUUCUAAUUGAGCUGGUGAAUCAUAAACUGUUUGAAAAGCAUACCAACAUUGUUUUGUCCUACAAGAAUUGUUCACAAUUUGGUUAAAUUUGGUCAAAAUUAAAUCAUUUUUUUUUUCGAUGCAUUAAAAAUUGUAUAGCACAUUAUAUUAAGAUAUAUUUUAUUUUUAUCUUUCUUUAUUAAAGACUAAAUAUUCUGCAUUAUUGCUAUCACACAAAAAAAUUAAAUUUUGUCAAUUUGUUUAUAUGUGAAAAUAAUGGGAUGGUCAUGUGAUUCACUGCGUAUGCCAGUAGAAAUAGCCAACUGUUUGAUGUGAUAUCUAUGUAUUUAAAUGAUUUGUUUUGCUGCUGAUGUGAUUAACCAUGUCUACAUUUUUUUAGUCACAUUGUUAUUACUAAUUCCCUAUGUUGGUGAGAUGGCUUCUUGAAAUAAUCAGAAUUAGAUUGAUCCCUUUAUAAAGUUAUGUUGCUACAUUUUGUGCCAUAUUAGUGCAGAAUUGUUUGAAAGGACAUAGCUUGAUUGUUUGAAUUUAUGUUUGAAUUUAAUUUUUUUUUUCUUAACUGGUCAGUAAUGAUGUACAUAUUAACUACGCUGUUCCUCUUGAAGGCAUUAAUUAUAAUUCUUGUAGCCUUGGUCGAGUUUUUAUUGUAACUAAUGUACACAAUUUUUGCAUACUGUUGUCAUUCUAUUUUCCUUGUUGUAAGUCUUCAGCACUUGGAUUAGAUAUUAAAUAAAUCAGUUUCCUAUUUACCAUUUUUUUAAUUAUAAUAGAAAUAUUAAUGCUCAAUAUAAAAAAAUGGUUGCAAUCAUAGGAAAUUCAUAAUUCAGCCUCAUUGUUACCAACAUAUUAUUCUGCAUGAUAGGGCAUAUGUUUUUUGCACAACACCAGGUAGAAUCAUCUGUGGCUCACUUUCAAAUUUCCUUGUCAGGGUAUACUGAAUGUAGUCCUAUCAAUAAUCUUCAAUUUUUAAUGGGGAAUGAAAAUUUCAACCAAACCUGUGUGCUAUCUAUUAAUUUAAUGCAUCAUAGCAAAGGUUACAUUUUAGAAACCUUUGACUUUUAGCAUGUUUCAACUUAUUAACCUGUAGUUGUGCAGAAUACAUUUUUAUGUCACUUGGGUAUAAUUUUUAUUUUACCAAUUUGUUUAUGCUUGAAAGUCCCUAUUUAGUUUUUUUUUUAAUGAAUCUGUUUUUACUUAGAGAAUCAGGCAGCUGUUUGAUAUUGUGCAUCAUUUAUUGUAGUUUAUUGUAGCAUCAUUCAGUUAGGUUAAUUGCAUAUUAUAAAUAUUUUACUUCAUUCAAGCAUGUGAAUUCCUUCACUAAAUAGUGGGCAGGUUACAACUAUGCUUUUUUUCUUCUUGUUCUUCAGAUGUAAUUUUGACAGUAUUAAUCAUCAGACUUGAAACUAAUGUACAUACAUUCUAAAUACAACUUGGAUGAAGCAGCUCUACAGUUUGCAGCAUUGAAUUUGUUAUCUCAUCACACAUUAUAUUCUUGUCCCAAUAUCAGUGAGGCAACGCACAAAUUGUCAUGCCAUUUGCUUUAAGUGGAGCUUUGUGAUCAUACAAGAUCACACCUGGGUUCUAGCUUGAAAUGCUGGGGGAUCAGGUCAAUAAAUAAUACACUCAACAAACUUGUAGACUUUUAUGUUUCUUUUUUACCAUGUUAAAAAUUGCAACUGUACUUGUUUGUGAAAACUUUAAAUAACCCCCCAUAUAAAAUUAUACAUUUACAGCCUUCAUAUUUGGUUAUCAGCAGGGGUUGCUAUCACCACUGUCCUUUAUUCUUAAUGCUUCAUGCACCUUUAACCAGCACAGUUGCAGAAGUUUGUUCUAUCCUUAAACUUGUAAAGAAUUUUAAACUGCAUCAAGUAUUUAUCUUCAAUUCUUCUCAUACAGAUUGUACCAGUGUAUAUGCUUUGAUUGUUUAACAGCAUUAUUUUUCUUGUUUUCUCACUUCGCACCGCCUCUAAACUUUUAUUAGCUUAAUUUUUAUUUUAGAAUGGCAUAAUCAUCCAAAGAGUGUGUGCUUAGCAUAAUUUAUUAAUAGCUUACUAAUGUGCUUGUUUAUGGUGGAACUCUGUUAUUUGAAAACAUUGUUUUCUAAAUAGUCUAGAUAGGAAGAAAUUCACUAGUGACUGUCUGUUGCAAUGUUUUAUCUUGGUUUCUGCCAGUUCAGUGUAGUCACACAUAAGAUUGUUUCAGUAGUUUAUUUCAACUGCUAGACUUGCUGAUUAUAGAGUAGUUCAACAUGUAGACACCAUUUUUUUCUUUUCUCUGAGAAGUUAUUUCAGAGCGUAAGCAACUAGUCGUGUAUUAAAAGUUUUUACUUAACCAUGUUAUCCCAUUGUAUUGAAAAAUUAAGGUAACCUGAACUGACUGCACUAGUCUAUUUACAGGUCUGAUAAUUGGCUACACCAGUGGCUUAUGGUCUGUGGAUUAGGAGAGCUAGGCUAAUCCCCCAAGUGUCUCUUAAUACUAAAUUUAGUAAAAUAGAUAUAACGUCAUGGCCAGUGAAAUCCCACUACAUGCCACAUCAAACUUUGCCAACUAAGCAUGCAUUUUCUUGAGUCUCAUGAGUGUGUUGGAGGGUUGUCAAAUGAUUAAGUCCCACUGUUACAAGCAUCAGCGGUAUCUACAAUAUACCCUGCUGUAUGUAAUCUAUAUUUGACUGGUGCUUUCCCAUAUUCUUACUAUGUAACUGUUAGCCCUAGAUCAUAAUCCUCAUGUAUACAUUUUUGUACUAAUUUAGUUUUGUUUAUGGAGCAUUACCUUUUUUUAAAAAAAUAAGAGUAAAAUGCUUUUGAACCUUUCUUACAUUUACAAAGUUUCUUGAGGUUUUGCUGUAUUUUUCUGUAUCUAGUUGGUUUUCUUUUUAGUGAUUAUAGUUCUUUUUUUUUCUUAAAAUUGUGUAAAUUUUACAUGAAAUUCAUUUCAAUUUAUAACCAAAAAAAUUAGUUUCAAUUUAAAUUUUAAUAACAAUUUUUGCUAUUUCAGUCCAUAACCCUUGUCUUUCCAUUUGUCUGUAUAUUACCUCAAAUUGAUAAAAUAAAAAAAGUUUGUCAGUCAUUUAAAGUGCAUAUUCUGAAGAUUUUAGGGUACAAAAUGAGCAUAUUCAGUUACAACAGUUUAAUAAAAUUGUUUUUGUACCCCUUUUUGAGCACAUUUCUACUUGACAACUCCCAUCAGUUUAUGUUGUCUGACUUCACAUUUGUCAUCAACAGCAGCACUGUCAAUGUUGGCUCAUCUUGUUUUAUAUUGGAAUGUUAUUUAUAGCUGCAACCUACAUAAAUAAUUUAAAAAUGAACUGGAUGUGGCAAAGGUUAAUGAAAAAUAAAUAGCUGAAUUAUCCAAUGUUGUUUAGAACGAAGUUUAAUUUUGGUAAUUUUUUGUCGUUUACAAAAGCUAGCAGAUUUAGAAUGUAUUAGAUAUUAAUCAAUUUAUACAGCUGGUGUAUAAUAGGAUGGUGGAAGUGUGAAUUUUAUUUUAUUUAGGGUAGUUUUAUUAAUUGAUCAUUUUUUUUUCUCCCAUGUCCAUAAAAGAUGUAAUUAUUUUUUUUGGUAACACUUAAUAAAAGUUCAUGUGUUAAUAACA